AUGUCUCCUGCCACCGUCGAUCCCAGGAGUCUUCCUGAUGUUGCCACCAAAGACAGCUCGUCCUACUCCUAUAUAUUUGAGAAAAACGUCACCGUCAAGCUCCGAAACAAUGGCAUAAUCCGCUGCAAUGUUUACCGUCCUAUUGUCUCGGACCAAGGGGAAAGAUUUCCUGUUCUGGUCACUUACGGUCCUUAUGGGAAAGAUGUACAGUACCGACACUUCAACCCUGGUAGCUUCGCCGAAGUCUCUCCAGCGCACAAGACCGAUCACUCGGCUUGGGAAACACCCACGCCACAAUACUGGACUGAGAAAGGAUAUGUCGUUGUUCGGGCAGACGAGACUGGACUCGGCCAAUCUCCAGGCUACCUCGAUGCUCUUUCCGCAACUACAAUUGAUGGAUUCUAUGAUCUCAUAGAAUGGGCAUCCGAGCAAAAGUGGUCCAACGGCAAAGUCGGCCUACUUGGGAUCAGCUAUUUUGCUGGAACACAAUGGCAAGUUGCUGCCAGAAGACCGAAAGGGCUAGCUGCUAUCGUUCCGUGGGAAGGCUUCUCAGACUUUUACCGCGAUGCCAUAAGAGAUGGCGGAAUACUGUCGAAUUCCUUUUUGGAUUUCGUUUGGGAACGACAGGUCGGUUCAAACCAGUACGGCUUGCCUGGAAGACAAGCGAGAAACUGGGGUGAUGAUACAGUAGAAGGUUCAUUAUCGGAAGCAGAACUGGAGGCUAAUAGAACCACUUGGCUGAAGGUGGGGAGAGAUUGCCAGUUCCGUGACAACUCACGUAUUGCUUCGGUAAGCUUUAACCUCGAAGAUAUCCAAGUGCCGGUUCUCAGCGUUGCGAAUUGGGGUGGCUUUCUGCUACAUCUCCGGGGUAAUGUUCAGGGCUAUAUGCAUGCCGGUUCAGAAUUUAAGUACCUUCGGUUUAUUUCAGGUCGACACGAUCUCCCAUUCUAUUACCCUGAAGAAGUGGAGGUUCAGCUGAGCUUCUUGGACGCCUUUCUCAAAGGUAAAGACAGUGUGGGAUGGUCAAGAAAGGGGCAAGUGCCCGCGGUGGACUUGCUAUUGCGAAAGGGUAAUGUUGGAUACAACAACCCAGAAGGAGAGGCCACUUUCUCAAGAAGGAAAGAAAGCGAAUGGCCGAUAGCGAGAACACAAUACAAAAACAUGUAUCUCAGCUCUGACAAAACCUUGAGCUGGAACCAGCCUAUUGCUGGUCUACCUCACAAGCUUGAGUACAAAGCUUUUGGCGACGAUGACUCUUCUCAAUCAAUUUCAUUCUCGUCCGCUCCCUUUGAGUUGGAGACUGAAAUUACUGGACAUAUUGUGUGUCACCUGAACGUCUCUACGAGCCGCGAUCAGUACGGAAGUACGCCAUCGGAUAUGGACCUGUUUUUAUCCCUUCGCCACAUUUCAGCUUCCGGGGAGGAGAUCUUUUAUACCGGCACCACAGGGGAGGCGGCGCCUGUGACAAAGGGCUAUUUACGGGUGAGUUUGAGAAAGACAAAUCCUCAGCAUGACCGUCAUCGCGCCUGGCUACCUCAUCGGGACUAUUUGUCGACAGAUGUGCUUUCUGUGAUCCCAAACGAAGUUUACGGCCUGGAUGUUGAGAUUAUACCAACCAAUGUGGUGUUAGAAAAGGGUGAUCGGUUGAUUGUCGACAUUGGGUCUUGUGAAUUGGCUGGUUCCGGGCUUUCCACCCACAAUGACCCCUAUGACAGAAAUGAAUCUCGUUUCAAAGGCACGAACUCCAUACACUUCGGAGCUGGCUAUGAAAACUAUAUUUCCCUUCCACUCAUUCCCAAUAGAAAUUGA